AUGAAGCCCGAGAUGACAACCAAGUGCUACCUCCUGGAAUCACUCCCAGCAGAGUUCCGCGUUCAGAUCUACGAACAUGUGUUCAACGAACCCAACACGCACCCACUUCUCAUCAUCAAGGACGAGCUCAAGAUCAAAGUCAAGCAAAAGGCAAGAGCCCACGUCGGCCUUCACAAGACCUGCGAGACCAUCCAUUAUGAAGCCACUCCAGUCGCAUAUGAAUCGCAGAAGUUCUAUGUCGAGAUCGCAUGCUAUAGAUCGCACUCGAAUCCGCGGGACUCUCUCGCACGGCAUGCCUCGAAGCAGAGUUUGAUAUAUCCGCCUUACACCCCACACGUUCGGUCCUUCAAUAUCUGGGCCGAUAUGAAGCAAGAGAAAGACGACGAGGCAAUGGUCUACCUUACCUCAGCCUUUGCAGGAGCAGUCGCUGCGAGUGAUCCCAACUGUUGCAUCCAAGUCAAAAUGAACGACUGCGUGUAA